AUGAACGGGCACACUAACGGCCAUUCGAACGGCUACGCAAACGGCCAUGCAGGACCAGAUACCCCCGAUCCUGACUUCAAGUUGGGCAACUUCAGUUUGGACGAGAAUCGUCCCAUCAAGGUCGUCUGCAUCGGCGCGGGGUACGCGGGCAUCGUGGCCGGGAUACGUUUUAGGCAACGCAUUCCAAACGUCGAUCUGACUAUCUAUGAGAAAGAGAACGGCGUGGGCGGGACGUGGUAUGUGAACCGGUAUCCGGGAUUACACUGCGACAUUCCCAGCCAUUCGUAUCAGCUCUCCUUCGAACCCAACACACAAUGGUCCGCGUUCUAUGCACCAGGCCCCGAGAUUCUCGCCUACAUUGACCGCGUCGUGGAGAAGUACAAGCUCAUGCAACACAUCCGUCUGCGCCACGAACUAAUCGCCGCACGCUGGGACGAGGAAACCGCGAAAUGGCACCUCAAGAUCCGUCGCGGUCCCGACUGCAGCGACUUCGAGGACACAGCCGACGUCCUCUUUCUCGGGACAGGAGCACUCAGCCGCUACCGCUGGCCAGAUAUACCUGGAUUGGAUACGUUCGGCGGUACUCUGGUGCAUAGUGCCAGGUGGGAUCUUCCGGGCUCGACGUGGCAGGACAGCGUGCAAGGGUGGAAGGAGAAGGACGUCGGCGUUAUCGGCAAUGGCUCUACUGGUAUCCAGGUCGUUACAGCACUCCAGCCUGGAGUCAAGUCCCUCACCAACUUCAUCCGCAAUAACACCUGGCUCGCCGCAUCCUUCUCAAUCCGGAGAUUACAAGAGCUCACGGGCAGGGCACCCGAUAGCACAGACUACGUGUUUGAUCCUGAGUUCAAGGAGAAACUCAAGAACCCCGAUGUCUACAAGCCGUUCUGGCACGAUGUCGAAGCCUCCACUAACUCUGUAGCUGCGCUUGCAUACAAGGACUCUCCGAUACUCAAAGAGGUCUCCGAGGCUUUCCGUAUUGACAUGGAGAAGCGACUCGCGCGGAAGCCCGAGCUGAUCAAGAAGCUCAUCCCCAAGUUCUCCGUCGGCUGUCGGCGUUUGACCCCAGGACCCGGCUAUUUGGAAGCCCUGUGCGAGGACAACUGCCACCUCGAAGAUACCCACAUCUCACGCGUCACACCAACCGGCGUCGAGCUCAAAGACGGCCGCCACAUCCCCCUCGACGUCCUCGUAUGCGCAACAGGCUUCGACACAUCCUUCCUCUACCCCUUCCCCAUCACCGGCCGCAACAACCUCAAGCUCACCGAACGGUGGUACAACCACGCCGAAGCGUACAUGACCGUCUGCGUCGAUGGCUUCCCGAACCUCUGGAUCGCCUUCGGCCCGAACUCGGCGUUGAACUCGGGGAGCUUUACGGUUGUUAUUGAGAAACAGGUUGAGUAUGCGGUUGCGGCUGUGGCGAAGAUGCAGAGGGAGAGGUUAAGGAGUGUGGAGGUUAAGCCGGAGGCUGUGCGCGAUUUCAAUGAGUAUGCUCAGGCGUACUUCAAGAAGACGGUCUACGUCGAGGACUGCAGCAGCUGGUACAAAGGCGCGCGCGACGGAACCAUCACAGGGCUGUGGCCAGGCAGCUGCCUCCACCUCGCCCGCGUCCUCUCGAAUCCGCGCUGGGAAGACUUCGACUUCGCUCAGCUGCCCGAAGACCGCACACGCAACAGGUUCUAUUGGCUCGGCGACGGACUUACGCUUGCGGAGAAGACGGAGGACGGAGAUCGGGCUUGGUAUCUUAAUAAUGUUGACGUGCCACCCGUUCCGGCGUAG